GAUGGAAGCUGGGUGAGCGAGGAACCUAAGAAAAACUAUGAGGAGAUGAUAGCCAUUCAUACCCAAGCAAAAGAAGAUGGGAAGUCCUUAUCUGGUCGUGAGAUUGUUGAGAUGGUGCUGAAGAAAAAGGUCAAGUAUGGACCAAAGGAAACAGUUCGUUCGACAAGAGAGAUACAACUGGAAGCAGAAUUGCAAGAGGAAAGAGCUGAAUCUGAGAGAAGAACAAAGGAAUUUGAGGCCAAGAUACAAUCCCAAGAGGAGAAGAUACAAAUUCAGGAUGAGAAAAUACAACUUCAGGAGGAGAAGUUACAAAUGCAAGGUGCGGAAAUGCAGCAGCUACGAGAAUCACAAGAGAAACUUCAGCAGCAGAUGGAGUCAUUUGCUGCAACACUAAAUCGGAAAUGACCAUGGAUUCCUUCAGUCAAAGAUGUUGAAGAUUAUUAGGAGCAAGGAUUAGAUGGCAAGGGAAGAUGUUAAAAAUUAGAAGUAUGA